AGACGACGAAGUGUAAGCAGUAUCUUCAAAUUACAAAACAUAUCUUGAUAAGAUUAUUUUGUUUCAUACUAUGGACACAAAGGGUAGUCAGAACCUGUCCCCAUGCAACUUGGCUUCAAUACCAUUGACUGAAGAAGACGGCGUUGUUUAUAUUGCUAUCAAGGGGUCUCUGCAUGCAAAUGAUUGUUCUGUUUUUGGACUAGGAGAAGAAGAGAUAAGAGCUCUGUCCAAAAAGUUUCCAGGAUCUGGUGUAGUGGUGAACGGUGUUUCAAUAAAAUCAAAUGUUCUUGAAACCCUGAAUUCAUUGGGACAGCUUGGCUACAAAAUCAUUUCAAGCACUGGCGAGACUGAGAUCACUUGGACCCUUCAGCGCAUCAUAUAAAUAUACAGACACUUAACCUUCUUACUCU